AUGGCCAACUCGACGCUAUCGCCAGGCACCGCGCUCAGAGCAGACACCAACCUCGAACAUCCUACCAAACACAACGACAACGGCACCACCAAACACUUCUUCACAUCCACGCCCCUCCGGCCCUACAGCACUGUCCCGGACCGAAUGCCACACGAUGCCGAGCUGCCCUGCGGCCACCGUGGAGGGAACAACCUGCCACCGCACCCCGACCAUCUACCCCAGCAUGCCCACCCGCAACAAGGGCUGAUCUCUAGCAUCUACCACAUGCGGCAGAAGGGCACACGCAUGGCGCCCUUCGCCGGCCGACUAGGCGGCAACCAGACGUACGUAGUCGACCGCUCGAACCCCGAGAACGCGGAGCUGCUGAAGAAGGUGCCUGACGCGGCGCCGAAUCUGAACGCCAAGGAGGCCUUCGAUCUCCGGGGCUUCUCGGAUUGGGAUCUGUACCGCGCCGCGGUCAUCGAGGGCAUGGGAACGCUGGUCCUUGUCUUCCAGUCCGGAUACGUCGGCCUCUCACCCAACACUCCGCCGCCGGCGCCGUCCGCGACAACAGGCGCCUUCGCCACGUCAUCCUUCCUGGGCCCGCUGAUCGGAGCAAUACUCAACGUCAUCGUCCUCACCCUGCUGAUCUACUCGUUCGGUGCCAUCUCCGGCGCGCACAUGAACCCACUGAUCACGUUCGGAACAUUCUGCGCGCGCCUGACCACGUUCCCGCGCAUGGUGCUGUAUAUCGCGGCGCAGCUCGCGGGCGCAAGCCUCGGAGGCCUCCUGCUCCGCGCCGCGGCGGACACGAGGGAGUUCAAGGUCGGCGGAUGUUUUUUGUUCACGGACAUGGGCGCCAGUGUGGCCAGCGCGUUCACGGUCGAGUUUGUAGGGAGUCUGUUGCUGCUGUUUCUUGCCUUUGGCGUCGGCUUGGAUCCCAGGCAGGCGGAGCUGUUUGGGCCCGCGUUGGGCCCCGUGUUGGUAGGUUUGGCCGCGGGUAGUCUGUUGUUGAGCUUCUCGUUUUCGAAGCCCGGGUAUGGAGGAGCGAGCAUGAAUCCGGCGAGGUGCUUUGGGGUGUUUGUCGGCAGUCGGUUCCCGAGCUGGGCCUGGGUGACUUGGGUUGGGCCCAUUGCUGCGAGUGUGUUUCACGGCGUGGUUUAUUUUCUAGUGCCCCCUGUGGCGCCAAAGGGGAGGGUGUUUAGGCAGAAGAAUGAGGCUGAGGAGAGUGAGAAAGUCCCUCGCGUCGGUGGCGUCGAUGUGUGA